AAUGUCUCGGCGGUCAACUUGACCACGGCAGAGUCUGGAUCGGCGAUAGCGGCCUCAGAGUUGGCGGUGACAACACUGACAGCGGCUAACAUAGUAGCCAAAGCGGACAUGCUCCAUUUGGUGAAUUGCAUCUUGAUAUGUGGUAUAUAUGGGUGUAAGGAUGAAAACCUGAUUUUAAGUGAGUAGGAGCAAAAAAAACUGGAAAGAAGCGCAAAUGAAAGAAGGAGAAAUAGCCAGCUGCUUACGUGUUACAAGCCUGCGCCAGAGGUGGCACGUCGGGUGUAACAGCGUGUCCUGUAGUUUCGUGGGGGCUCGCUGUCCAUUACGUAAUUACCGGGUCCGAUUGUCAAAGAUGCCACGUCCCCUAUUGAAAGCAACUGUCCGGCAUGGAAGGGGGUGCUGUGAGUGGCGACUCCACAGACCGAAACCUCAUUGGAAUAGUGGCGAAGUUGAAGAAGGGUCGAGAUUAUCCGAUGGCGUGUGGCGCAAACAGCAUUCUCGUACACUGAGGUGAUUUCAGGGCUUUUUCUCAACCGUUAGGUACUUUGACCACA